AUGGAGGGGGAUGACAAGAGAAUCGACUUUUUACAAGAUGUCACUUUGAAGGCGUUUAAAAUAAAGGCAGACAAAUGGCUGAAGUUUAUUGCUGGCGAAGAUAACAGAACAUUCAUUGCUAGCUUUUUUGAUAAAGCGGAUUUCCCCAGCCUUGUUAUCUCUCUAAAUGCUGCCUCCCAACUCGUUUCCAGCCUUUCAUUCCCUCAAACCAUCAAAACCAAAGCAGUUUAUUUUACCAAGAGAGAUCAAGGGGUUAUAACAAAAGACAAUAUUAAACAAGUAUUUGUUGGAGACGUCUCAAAUUCCCCCGUGGAUGUUGUCAUUGGUGUGACAGAGGAGAUUAUCUACUCGUUACAUACAAAUAAAGACAACACCCAGCGCUGGCCUAAGGUCGUUUCAGACGACGUGUCUCGCCAUGCGCACAAACUGAAGAAUGAAGUUUUUGUCGUUGGAGGUCAGGUUAAAGGCAGGACAUUUCUACCGCUACCGGAAAACUCUGAUGCUCUUGGAGAUUCUGAGCACCGGCCCUCCCGCUCAAUUGAUAGCAAGUUGAUGCACGCGUUUGAAACCGUAAUAAUAGACUGGACUCACCAGGUGACCGAAGUUUUAAAUAAAGACUCGGCACAACCAAUAUUGGACAGACAGAAACCUUUGCCCAAAGUGGAGUUUGAUUUCUGGAACAACAGAUUGAUGAAUCUCGAGUGUAUCAACGUACAGUUGAUGAAUCCAAAAGUGCGCAAAAUAGCAGAGAUAGUUGAAACUGCAGCAAGCACCUACUGGCCGGCUUUGAAAAGCAUUUACAAGGACGUGAAAGAGGGCCUGAAAGAGGCUCAAGAUAUCAUGCUGUAUCUGAAGCCUCUACAAAAGAUUCUUGAUGAUAUUGAACAGUUGGAGUUCCCUCAGGUGAAAACCUUUAUAAAGCCAAUGAUGCACACAGUGUGCCUCACCUGGGCCAGCUCUGAGUACUACAGGACUCCAGCCAGGAUCAUCGUCAUCCUGCAGGAGAUAUGCAACCUGUUCAUCCAAAUGACAAGGAACUUCCUGGGUCCAGAAGACAUCAUGAAGGGUCUUCAAGGAGAGAUCGAGGAGAUUCUGUCCAACAUCAGAAUCAGUAUCGAUUCCCUGGUGGCCUUUAGGGACACUUAUGACAACUGCAAACUCAACAUGGACACGUACUUCAAAGAUGGAAACACCAAGAACUGGGAUUUCCCCUCAUGCCUGGUCUUCACUGAGCUAGAUGCCUUCCUACUGCGUCUGCAGACCAUAGAGGAGGUGUAUUCUGUGUCCGUGGAGCUGUUGAAGCUGGAGAAGGUUGACAUCCAGGGGGUCCGGGGCACUGUCCUGGGGACCAUGGUCUUCAGCAUCUACCAGCAGUGCCUGGAGCUCAUCAAAAUGUUUGCAGAGUGCAAGUAUGAUGCCAUAGACACAGCUGACACAUCGUUCCAUGAGAACUUCCAGCUGUUCCAGGAGCAGAUUGUGGACUUUGAGCGACGGCUGGGGACCAUCCUCUGCCAGGCGUUCGAUGACUGUCCCUCCACAGAGUCUGCUGUCAAGAUACUGGACAUGUUUGAUUUCAUCAUGGAGCGGCCCCACAUUCAGUCCCAGAUGUACUGUAAGUACAAGGAGCUGGUGGAGAUGUUCAGCUGCGACCUGGACCGGACCAAGCUGGUGUACGAUGCCCAGCUGGCUGCCACUGAGCUGGGGAGAGGCAUCCCUCCCAUAGCCAAGAACAUGCCUCUCAUCGCAGGCCAGCUCAAAUGGGCCCAGGAGAUGCGAGCACGCAUUGAGAUGCCCAUGAAGAGCUUCAAGGCCCUGUGCCACCCGUGCAUGGGGACCGAUGAGGCCAAGCUGGUGUUCCAGAAGCAUGAGGAGAUGCUGCGUUUGCUGUCUCAGUACUGUGACAACGUGUUCCACCAGUGGACCUCCAGGGUGGACAGAGACUGCCAGUUCAACCUGGAGCAGCCGCUGCUGCUCCGCAACCCUCGCACCUCCACCCUGAGUGUCAACUUCAACAAGCAGCUGGUGGCAGUGUUGCGGGAGGUGAAGUAUCUGACCAUGCAGGGCCAGGAGGACCUUCCAGACAGUGCAGCCACAGUGUUCUCUCAGAACGAGACCUUCAGGAGAUACGUGGGCUCCCUGGACCUCAUAGUGUCCUGGUACAACCAGAUCCUGGCCACCGUCCUGCCGGUGGAGCGCCCCCUCAUCCAGCAGGAGCUGAAGGCCAUCGAUGAGAAGCUGGCCCAGGCUGAGAGCACUCUGAGCUGGAACAGCAAAGGUGUGUGGGAGAACAUCCAGCAGAUGAGAGACACGCUGCAGGACUUCCACAGCAGGAUCAACCAGGCCAAGGCUAACGUGGAGGCCAUGAACCACAUCAUGGAGGAGUGGUCAGUCAGCCCCAUGUUUGAAAGGAAGUGCAGCAAGGAUUCUCUCCUGGACCUGGACGGGAGACCAGCAGCUCUGAUCAGGAAGUAUACGGCCAUCAGAGACUCUGGAGAGAAGCUGCAUCAGCUCACUGAGGAAAAUAAGAGGCUGUUCAAAGCAGAUGACCUCACUGAGUCUUGGAGGGCGUACGUUAGCUACAUCGACAACAAAGUUUUAGACGGAUUCUUCAAAGUCGUCCUCGUGUCUCUCAAGUUCCUGGCCAAUAACAUGCAGAACAAGGCCAGCAGAGAGCCCCUGUUUGAGGUGCGCUUCGAGCUGGAGGACGGAGAGACGGCUUUCUACCCCUCCCUCAGCUACGGCAUCGCCAACAGCUUCUACGACAUGCUGGAAGAGCUCAUCAACGACGUCUACAAAGCCGCCACACUGGUGCCACGCAUAUCACUGACCAACAAAAUGAGCUACCAGCUGGAGCUGGAUGAGAUGUCGGAGCUGUCAGAGCUGCGUGAGGAUGUGAUGAACCAGGUGGUGGCGGCCAUGAGCCAGGCUGAGGAGUACAAGGAGAGCCUGUACCUGUACUGCUACCUGUGGCAGGACGACCGCAACGACUUCAUGGAGCAGUUCCUGCUGUACGGGAAGGUGCUCUCAACCGAGGAGAUCGAGGCCCACGGAGACGAGAGCGUGCCCACUAACCCCCCCACCCUCAAGGAGUUCAAGGAGCAGAUCGACACCUAUGAGACUCUGUACAGGACAGUGAGCAAGCUGGAAAACUCCAACCUGCUGCAGGGCUGGCUGCAGAUAGACCUGCGGCCCUUCAAACACGCUCUGCUGCACACCAUCAAACGCUGGAGCUUCAUGUUCAAACGCUACCUGAUAGACAGAGUCACCAACAGUCUGAAGGACCUGGACGGCUUCAUCAAGGAGGUCAAGUCGGGCCUGACAGAGCCUGUGGAGGAGGGCGACCUCAAGGGUCUGGUGGGGGUCAUGGGUCACUUGAUGCGGGUCAAGGACAGACAUGUCGCCACGGACAACAUGUUCGGCCCUCUGACAGAGACCAUCCAGUUUCUGAAAGACUACAACGAGGAUCUACCAGACGAGGUCCACGCUCAGCUUCAGGAUCUUCCAGAGCUGUGGAACAACGUGAAGAAGACGUCCCUGCAGGUCAAGCAGAACCUGGCUCCACUGCAGGCUCACGAGGUCAACAUCAUACGCAGGAAGUGCCAGCAGUUUGAGAUCAAACAGUUUGAGUUCAGAGAGCAGUUCAGACAGCAGCUCUUCUUACACUUCUCGUUUGAAGAGCCACACGAAGCUCUGGACGAGUGUCAACUCAACAUGGCAACACUUGAGGCAGAGAUGGUCAGCCUGUCGAAAUCAUCCAGCUUGUUUGAGGUGAACGUGCCUGAUUACAAACAGCUGAAAAUCUGCAGGAAGGAGAUCGUUCUUCUCAAAGAGCUGUGGGACAUGAUCCUUCUGGUGAAGGGGAACAUGGAUGACUGGAAGACAACUUUGUGGAAAGACAUCAACGUGGACGAGAUGGACAUGGACACCAAGAAAUACGCCAAGGAUAUCAAGGGUCUGGACAAGGAGAUGAGGGCCUGGGACGCCUUCUCCGGAUUGGACAGCAUGGUGAAGAACAUGAUGACAUCACUGCGGGCUGUAGGAGAGCUCCAGAACCCGGCCAUCAGGGACCGCCACUGGCUACAGCUCAUGAUGGCCACCAAGGUGACGUUUGAGAUGUCGGAGAGGACCACGUUUGAGGACCUGCUGAGGCUGAACCUGCACCAGUUUGAAGAUGACGUUCGCAGCAUUGUGGACAUGGCUGUCAAGGAGUCUGGGAUGGAGAAGGUCCUGGCUGAGCUGGACAGCACCUGGAGCUCCAUGGUGUUUGACCACGAGCCUCACAGCCGCACAGGCACCAUGCUGCUCAAAGUCAACGAGGAGCUGGUAGAGACCCUGGAGGACAACCAGGUGCAGCUCCAGACGCUGAUGACCUCCAAGUACAUCGCCCACUUCCUGGAGCAGGUGUCUGGCUGGCAGAACAAGCUCUCCACGGCCGACUCGGUCAUCUCCAUCUGGUUCACGGUGCAGCGCACCUGGACACACCUGGAGAGCAUCUUCAUCGGCUCAGAGGACAUCCGCGCCCAGCUCCCUGAGGACUCCAAACGCUUCGACACCAUCGACAAAGAUUUCAAGGAGAUCAUGUGUGAAGCUGUGAAGGUCACCAACGUGGUGGAGUCCACCAACAAGAAGGGUCUGCUGGAGAAGCUGGAGGGGCUGGAGACAGGCCUGGCCAUGUGUGAGAAGGCCCUGGCAGAGUACCUGGAGACCAAGCGCCUGGCCUUCCCCAGGUUCUACUUUGUCUCCUCAGCCGACCUGCUGGACAUCCUGUCCAACGGGAACAACCCAGUGGAGGUCAGUAAGCACCUCUCUAAGCUGUUCGACAGCCUGUGCAACCUCAAGUUCCAGCUGGACAGCGAUGGGAAGCCGAUCAAGGUUGCCUUGGGGAUGUACAGUGGUGAGAACGAGUACGUCACCUUCGACGAGACCUGCGACUGCUCCGGCCAGGUGGAGUCUUGGCUGAACCGUGUCCUGGAGCGCAUGUGUAACACGCUGAGGAUGAAGUUUGGAGACGCCGUCCAGGCCUACGAGGAGAAACCCAGAGAGCAGUGGUUGUUCGACUACCCCGCCCAGAUCGCCUUGGCAACCACGCAGAUCUGGUGGAACACCGAGGUGGGCAUAGCGUUCUCCCGGCUGGAGGAGGGCUACGAGAACGCCAUCAAGGACUACUUCAAGAAGCAGGUCCUGCAGCUCAACACCCUCAUCACGCUGCUCAUUGGAGAGCUGAGCCACGGAGACCGGCAGAAGAUCAUGACCAUCUGCACCAUCGACGUCCACGCCAGGGACAUGGUGGCCAAACUGGUCACCAGCAAGAUCGACAGUGUCCAGGCCUUCAUGUGGCAGUCUCAGCUCAGGCAUCGCUGGGACGACAAGAACAAGCACUGCUUCGCCAAUAUCUGCGAUGCCCAGUUCACAUACUCCUACGAGUACCUCGGCAACACCCCGCGAUUGGUCAUCACCCCUCUGACUGACAGGUGCUACAUCACCCUGACCCAGUCGCUCCACCUCAUCAUGGGCGGGGCCCCGGCCGGGCCUGCCGGCACUGGGAAGACUGAGACCACCAAGGACCUGGGCCGAGCGCUCGGCAUCAUCGUCUACGUGUUCAACUGCUCCGAGCAGAUGGACUACAAGUCCUGUGGAGACAUCUACAAGGGCCUGGCUCAGACAGGGGCGUGGGGCUGCUUCGACGAGUUCAACAGGAUCUCAGUGGAGGUGCUGUCUGUCAUCGCUGUGCAGGUGAAGUGUGUCCAGGAUGCCAUCCGGGACAAGAAGCUCAUCUUUAACUUCCUGGGGGAGGUGAUCAAGCUGAUCCCCACUGUGGGGGCCUUCAUCACCAUGAACCCUGGCUACGCUGGCCGCGCCGAGCUGCCCGAGAACCUGAAAGCUCUGUUCAGGCCGUGUGCCAUGGUGGUGCCAGACUUUGAGCUGAUCUGUGAGAUCAUGCUGGUGGCUGAGGGCUUCAUCGACGCCAGAGUCCUGGCCAGGAAGUUCAUCACCCUGUACACGCUGUGCAAAGAGCUGCUCUCCAAACAGGACCACUAUGACUGGGGCCUGCGCGCCAUCAAGUCUGUGCUGGUGGUGGCCGGCUCCCUGAAGAGAGGGGACCCGAGCCGGCCGGAGGACCAGGUGCUGAUGAGGGCUCUGAGGGACUUCAACGUCCCCAAGAUCGUGAUGGACGACACGCCCGUGUUCCUGGGGCUGAUCGGGGACCUCUUCCCCGCCCUGGACGUCCCCAGGAAGAGAGUCGUGGAGUUUGAGCAGCUGGUGAAGCAGGCGGUGCUGGACCUGCAACUGCAGGCAGAGGACAUGUUCAUCCUGAAGGUGGUUCAGCUGGAGGAGCUGAUGGCUGUCAGACACUCUGUCUUCAUCAUCGGCAACGCUGGCACCGGCAAGUCCAAGGUGAUGCGGUCCCUGAACAAGACGUAUCUGAACAUGAAGAGGAGGGCGGUGGUGGUGGAUCUGGACCCCAAGGCUGUGACCUGUGACGAGCUGUUUGGCAUCAUCAACCCUGCCACCAGGGAGUGGAAGGAUGGCCUGUUCUCAUGUGUGAUGAGGGACCUGGCCAACAUCAGCCACGACGGGCCCAAGUGGAUCGUCCUGGACGGGGACAUCGACCCCAUGUGGAUCGAGUCUCUCAACACGGUCAUGGACGACAACAAGGUGCUGACCCUGGCCAGUAACGAGCGCAUCCCUCUGAACCCCACCAUGAGGCUGGUGUUUGAGAUCAAAGACUUGCGGACCGCCACCCCUGCUACCGUGUCCCGCGCUGGCAUCCUCUUCAUCAACCCUGCCGACCUGGGCUGGAACCCGGUGGUGACCAGCUGGAUCGAGCAGCGUCAGGUCCAGUCAGAGAAGGCCAACCUCUCCAUCCUGUUUGACAAGUACCUCCCCACCUGCCUGGAGAAGCUCAAGUUCAGCUUCAAGAAGAUCACUCCCAUCCCGGAGGUGACGCUGGUGCAGACCCUGCUGCAGCUCAUGGAGUGUCUGCUGGUGCCAGAGAACACUCCUCCAGACUCCCAUAAAGAGAUCUACGAGCUGUACUUUGUCUUCGCCUGCAUCUGGGCCUUCGGAGGAGCCAUGUUUCAGGACCAGCUGAUGGACUACAGAGUAGAGUUCAGCAAGUGGUGGGUGAACGAGUUCAAGACCAUCAAGUUCCCGUCCCACGGCACUGUGUUUGACUACUACAUCAACCCCAGCACCAAGAAGUUCUCUCCCUGGACAGACAAAGUCCCCAAGUUUGUCUUGGACCCAGAACUCCCUCUGCAGGCCUCCCUGGUGCACACAGCUGAGACCACCCGGAUCCGCUACUUCAUGGACAUGCUGAUGGAGAGGAAGUGUCCUGUGAUGCUGGUGGGGAACGCAGGCAGCGGGAAGUCUGUGCUGAUGGGAGACAAGCUGAGGAGCCUGGACUCUGACAACUACCUGGUCCAGUCUGUCCCCUUCAACUUCUACACCACCUCCGCCAUGCUGCAGGCCAUCCUGGAGAAGCCCCUGGAGAAGAAGGCAGGCAGGACAUACGGCCCCCCGGGCAACAAGAGCCUGGUCUACUUCAUAGACGACAUGAACAUGCCUGAGGUGGACAAGUACUUCACCGUGGCUCCACACACACUCAUCCGCCAGCACAUGGACCACGGACACUGGUAUGACAGAGCCAAGCUGACUCUGAAGGACAUCCAUAACUGCCAGUACGUAGCCUGCAUGAACCCCACGUCUGGCAGCUUCACCAUCGACCCCAGGCUGCAGAGGCACUUCUGUGUGUUUGCUGUGAGUUUCCCCGGCCAGGACGCCCUCCACAGCAUCUACAACUCCAUCUUCAGCCAGCACCUGGACAUGAGCAACUUCCUGCCGCCCGUCAAGAAGUUCUGCUCUACCCUGGUCACCGCAGCGCUGGGAUGUCGUGCACGCUCCCAGGGUCUCAUGCACGCUCCCAGGGACGAGUGA